AUGACCAACAGGAUUUCUUGUUUCAUCCCAACCGAGCGUCCUAGUGAAGGCCCAACCAUGGAACCAAGUCCUUCACCCAGCAGCAGCCCCAGCAUUACACCAAGUGAAUCCCCUACUAGUACACCAAGUUCUUCACCCAGCAGCCCCAGCACAGCACCAACAGAAUCUCCAAACGCACCGGUAUCCUCGGCUCCUACUGGCACUCCAACGCAUUUUCGUUGUCUGCAAGAAACUGUGGCUUCGCAUGAUGCCAUCUUUUCAGUCACGACUGCAACCGAACUCAGUCAAAUUACAGGUGCGUCCUUGGACGUCGCCAAUAACUGCAACGGUGUCGAAGAUGCUGGGUGCCUUCCUCGUGUUGACAUCCAGAUUCCCAGUGACACUGAAAUUGUGAGCGUUGUUACUCUACACAAUGUCGACUUCUUCGUCAAUAAACCCAUUUAUUGCGAGGGCAAACGGGGACAAGCGCAGAACGAUGAUCAGAUAAUGGUAUUGGAGGACUUCGACCCCGAUGCCUAUGAGUGCGAUUAUUUGGACGCCGCGUCCAUUGUCGAACCUCCGACUCAGGCUAGGUUGGCAGGAUCUACUACCUUAUUCUAUGAAACAUUGGAGGACUUCGAAAGUGACCGAGACAAGAAUGGUCUAAACUUGAUCUCUAGCAUUGAGGAUUCAGUGUCGGUAGUUUUUGGAAGCUCUGAUAAACUUCGUUUGGAGUCCCUCACGCACUCCCAGCUCGCAAACUCCAGCAACACUUUGGUGUUACAGAUCGUGACCAGGACUAAGAAUGCGGAUGUCAAGGUUGGAACAGAUCUUUACGAUGGCCCACUUGGAACGCAAACAACCCAUGGAGUGGAUGUUAUUCUCUCUUCUGGUUUCUUUUCUGAUUUGAGGUUCCCCAGUCACAUCUUCCUUCAGUCAGACGAUGCUUGUGUUUCUUCGAUUACGUUGAAGUUGGAUCAGAACGUCGUGGCAUCCAAAGACUUGGCAGACUUCGCCUCGUGCUCGAAAGAGUUCGCUGUGGAUUACAACGAGGAACUCCAGUGCAUUCGCCUCAGUUCAACGUAUCUCAAGGACUUUGCCUUGGAUCUCAUGCAGAAGAAAGCCGAUAAGUUUUGUAGCCAAGUUUCAUUGAGGCGAGAUCCAAGCUACAUGGAAGCUCUCACGUUCCAAGUUGAAGGACUUGAAUUGGAAGGGAUCACUUUUGUUGACUCACAGGAUGAAUUGAGGCUCACACCUGGAGACGGUUUGGAUAGCAAACCUAGGCUUCCAGUCUUCCCAGUUGCUAGGUCACAAAACGAGUCCCAAUUAGUCGACAAUCCGAUCUUGUCCAAGAUCCGAAUCAUGUCAUACGACGUGGUGCUGUUCGAGUGGGACGCCAACAACACCUACCGUUGCCUAUCGUCAUGCGCGCCCUUUGCGGAUCAAGAUGGGCUUCUGUUCAUGACUGAAGGGUCAAACUCGACUAUUGAGAAUGGAACGGAUUCUCAAGGCCUCAUCCUAGUCAGGGAUGCCACCUUUGAUCUCACUGCAACAGGAUGUGACAUGUUGACGAAGAUGGAACUGGACCAGGGGGUUAGCGGAGAAGAAGAGUGUACACAGGUAGAAGAGCCCGUUGAUUCUCUGGGCGAGAUCGUCACCUAUCUAGAAAGACUUGAUGACAAUGGGAAGAGGACACUCAAGAUUAUUCCAACUACCAACGACACUGUGGUGCUCGAAGACCUCCCAAGCUUUGCUGUUCCUUCCUUUGUCCGAGUGCAAAUCGAUGGAUCGAAGUCAGCCAUCAGAGUGCAGGAUGUCUGUUGA